AGUGGAUCUAAAUAAUGGUGCAGAAGGACUAUUCUAUUUUGACAGUGGAUUUAGGCCAGUGCCAUUAGAACAACAUUUUAUUGGUGUUAAAGGAAAACCUGGAACAACCAUUUCCAAUGAUAAUCUUAAUAAAGUUUGUUGGAGUAAGGUUUUAGAUACUGUAAAAGAAGGGCAUCAAGUAAUGGUUUUUGUUCAUUCUCGAAAAGACACAGUGAAAACUGCACAAUUGUUUCGUGAGUUUGCUACUUCACAAGGUUAUACAGGUAUGGUAAAUUUUAUAUCCUUUAAUUAA